CAAUUAGAGCUCUUUUCCAAGGGCCAGGUGGACGCUAUCCAAGAAGAAAAUGAACAGGGUGAAGAUCCUGAUGCCAUAAUUGUGCCCGACGAGGAAGUUAUUGGUUCUGGAGUUCCUUCGGGUCCUGGAGGUAGCGGUGGAAAUGACGGUGUAACUGGUGCAGGUGGGUCUUCAGCUGCUGGCUCCAGUUCUAUCUGCGGCGCUAGUGUUGUCGGAAGUUCUUCAGGCCUCGGAUUAGGAAAGCUCUCGGAGACAGAUAUGAAACGUUUGGCUAUUAAAAAACGACGACUCAGAUAG